AUGUGGUUCAAGGCUCUGUCGUCGGCCUUGUGCCUCGCUGCGACGGCCAUGGGCGCCGUCAGCUUCGAUGGCGAUGGCAAUGAGAACAUUAGGAGCAUCUCUCUCCGAACGCACACACUGAAGCAACCCUACCUCGACUCCGAUAUGAGCAGUCGUUGGUACGACUUUGGUGGCGACACCGUUGUCCGGACAGAUUCCUAUAUCCGGUUGUCCAGCGACCGCCCUUCGCAAAACGGCUGGCUGUUUUCGCGAGUCCCAUUGACAGCUACAAACUGGGAGAUUACGGUCGAGUUCAAGAUCUCGGGCAAGAACAGCCUGUUCGGAGACGGCCUAGCGAUGUGGCUGGUCAAGGAGAAGGGCAGGCGUGGGCCAGUCUUCGGUCACGCCGACCAGUUCGAUGGUCUAGGUGUCUUCAUUGACACCUACAAGAACAACCGACCAGGCGUUGUCUUCCCAUACAUCAUGGCCAUGGUUGGUGAUGGCAAAACCUCGUACAACAAGGACAAUGACGGCAAGGACACCGAGCUGGCUGGUUGCUCGGCGCGCGGCCUUCGCAACGCCAAUGUCGCGACCAAGCUCCGCCUGACUUACUUCCAGGACAAGCAGCUCAAGCUCGAGCUCCAGUACAAGGCGGAAGACGAAUGGGUCGUGUGCUUCGACAUGGAGAGCCCGCCUGCAAUCCCCUCUGUCACAUACCUCGGUUUCAGUGCCGAGACUGGCGAGCUGAGCGACAACCACGACAUCAUUGCCAUCGACGCCAAGAACAUGUAUGUCUCUGGCGGCAAUAACCGCCCGAACGCCAACACACCAAACAGCAAGAAGCCCUACAACAAUAAGCCCGCCAGCGGUGGUAGCUGGCUUGGGUUCUUCUUCAAGAUCAUCCUUGUCAUUCUCGUCGCUGGUGGUGGAUAUGCUGGUUGGACUGCCUAUCGGUCGAGCAAGAGACGGACUCACCGGUUCUAG